ACGCGAUCGGCGAACAUCUUCGUACCGCUCCGCCCUUCUUUAGCUUUACCGUUACGCCAGCGAUCGGGGAUUACAUAGAUCCGUAACUGAAAAACCAUGGCCAGGUUGAACGCUCUGCUGCUGCCCCUUCUUCUGUUUAUUGUAGCAUUUGUGGUUCACUCAUCAUUUGCCACAGUUCAGCCAAAGGCGCCAAACUUCCAGUACUUUGAAAGGCCGAAAUACCGUUAUCCCUACUACGAUGAACAUGGACGCGGAAAACUUCUCUAUGGCUACGGUGGUCCAGAAUUAUAUCAGUACAAGACAUACACGCCUCUGGAGGGCAUACACUAGGUUUUAUAAUUUAUAGAUGCAUUGUAGUUUAAAAUUUAUGUAUU